GAGACGGUGGGAGGUGGUCUGAAGGCUCAGAUACAACACAAGCCAGAGGGUCUGAGGAAUCGCAGCUUAACCAUGGAACUCGGGACUGGGCUUUUCUUGACGAUAAACGUCAAAGACAUUGAAGACAGGUCCUGCGGAGGUGAAACAGGCAGACAGCUAGCUGUUCCUGUCCAAUCUCAGCACCCAGCUGCUCUCACCACUGGCCUUGCAAGCAUGGAGAGGCAGCCCAGUCCCAGGAGGCUGGCCCAGGCAGGCAUGCUGGAAGCUCUUGGUCCAGCCGACCCUGGAAGUCGAGUCGAGUUUCCAACAGGACCCGGCCUUGAGGGCAGCUCCCCACCUGCCCAGGGAGAAACCAGGAGACCUGGAGUGACCGGCCAGGCUUUACCCAUCUGCACCUUCUGUAAGCAAAACGGGGAGUCCAGGAAGAUCUACGCCUCGCAUGUUCUUAAAGACAAGAAUGGCAGGACAGUGUGCCCGAUCCUGCGCAGGUACACCUGUCCUGUGUGUAGGGCAACUGGGGACAGCGCACACACCAAACGCUUCUGUCAGUCGCUUCGAGAAAACUACAGGUCAACUUACAACAAAACAUCAAGGGACACCAAUAAGAUGCAGAAACUAUUUAAGAAAUAGUCUGUUGCAUGCAUCUGGCAUUCAGUAAGCUUUGAUUUGGGGUGUGUGGGUAAAUAUUUGUGACAGGCGGUAGU